UUUACUUUUUUUAUUUUUAUUAGUUUUUUUAAAUGAAACCCAUGGAAUUGAAUUUUUCGGUUCAGAGACUUCAGUAUUUUUAUUGAACACUUUUAAAAACAAAGGCAUGAACUUAUUUUAAUGGACGAAAUUAAAAGAAAAUUCAAUUUGAAGAAAAAUUUUGUCUUGGAUAUUGAUUUGCACAAAUUCAGUUCAUUUAAAAAUGGCAUUCUAUAGAACAAAGGUUGACGAGGAAGAAAAUGAAAUGGAGAGAAAGUAUGAUAUACAUGAGUUUGAUUCUACGACAUAUAUUAACUCAAUUCCGAGGACUUAUGCCGAUCCACUGUAUGUUGGAACAAGACUCGGUGAAGAGUUGUCCGAUUUUUUUUCACAAGAUAAUGAUGGGUAUAAAUCGACUACAUCUUCAACCACAGUUGAUGCUAAGGCUCAACAAAACAUAAAAUCACGCAAUGAAUUCAUUCCACCUAAAUCUCGAGGUCUUUCCAGUCGUCCGCUUCACAUUACAAUGAAAUCACGCAUAAAAUCAUUUGAGAAAACAAAGGAUUUAUCGCCAAGAAAACCACCGAGAUUAUAUAAUACAAAAAUUAAAUCUACCAUAAUAUCACGCAACAUUGAGGACUACAUUGAUCCAAUGGCGCUUACUCCUCCAACCCCACCUGAUACUAUUAUGAAUCCCGGCAUUAAAUCACGUACCAUUAAUCGGAGCGUUAUACCAACACCAAUAAGUCCAUCCUCUUCAGUGUGCACGACAUCACAAUCCGAUCAAAAAUUACUUAAUUCUAUAGGAAAUAUGAAUUCAAUGCUAGAAAGUCCUUCUAGAACGAGUAAUACUAAAGCACAGCCAGACAUAAAAUCACCUCACUUAACAUCACCGCCUACUAAUGAACCAACAUUUGGAAAAAUGCCAACAACUUACGUUCGUCGGCUUAGAAAUAAGUACAGCCAGAAAUCAACUGAUGCAAUUACAAGGGAUACUGAUAUUGGUUCAAAUUCGAAAAGUUUGAGCAGUGCGCGUUCCGCUAAGUUACAAUCUGACAUAAAAUCCCCUCAUUUAAUUGCAUGUGGUAGGGCAUCCUUAACAGCAGCAUCUGAAGUUGUUUCCAGUCCACACUAUGGCAAUAAACUAUCUGGAACAAGAACACUUGAUUUAAUCGAAAGUAACGCUAAGGUAUCGAAUCCUGAUACUCUUCCCGGUUUACUACAUACACCUGAGCAAUCCGAUAAUAAAACAUUUGAUUUUAUUGCGCACGUCAAAAGCAUUACUAACGAUGGCUCUGUGACAAGUGUAUACCCAACAAGCAGGAGCGAUAGUAAGGAAACAGGUCGUACAGAAACACAAGAUCUGGACAGCCUUGAUAUUCCGUCUCUAGAUCUUAGAUCAACUGAUGGACAAAGUACAUCAGCUAAGUUUGGUGCAACUUUUACAAUACAUAGAAUUAACGCAGAAGAAGCGUUUCAGAAUUGGUUAAAAGCGAAAAAAACCCAAAAGGAGAAAGAAAUAAAAUUGAAGCUGAAAGCAGAUGCGAAGAAACGUGAAAAAGAAGAAUUGCGUAAAGUAGAAUCACAUGUUAAAGUGCAGCAAUGGGAAGAACGCAAAAGGAUUGAAAAGGCAGCAGAAAUUGCUAAACGGAAAUUAGUGUUAGAGAAGACCCAAACCAGUAAACUGACGAUUAAAAAAACUGAAUCGAACCUGAAAGUUAUGGAAUGGGAGUACACUAAAAUGCAAUUGGCAGUAGAAAAAAAACAAAUGCAAAAAGCCGAAUUGGAGUUAAAAAAAGCCCAGGAAGAAAUGAGACGUGAGCAAGCUAACGAAGCUUGGAAUAAAUGGAUCACUAAAGCUAAGGACAAACCAAAACCCGUCCCGUUAAAUCGUGGGUUAGACUCAUUACGUGGUUCGCUUUCUCAAACCUAUAUUAAUCCGAACGAGUGGAAGACUUAAGCAUAAAAUUAGAAAUGUUGAAGUUACAUAUUUUUCAGUAUAAAAUUUAU